AUGUGGGCUCGACCAAUUAGAAGUGCAUCCCAGUCAUCGUUGGUAGCAAAAGAACUCAGAGCACCUCUUCGCCCUAAUGAAAACACCGACACGGAAUCAAUAUCAACCCGAUCUCGCGAAACCUCCUCUUCUCCGGAUUCUGCUUGCUGCCAGACUCCCGAAAUAUACAGCCCUGACCAACUCAGUAUAUUUGACCCUACUUUCUCGCCUACCCAGGGCACUGAUGUUGAUCCACUUCAACAUAGUUCCUCAGCGAUCCAGGCCAUGGACUCCUUUCAAAGAAUAGCUAGCCUCUGCACCCAAAUACCCAAACCUAUGCCUGGUUCUCUAACCCCAGAAGAUCAAUGGUUCAUUGAACAAAUCGUAGUUCAAACGCAAAGGGUGAUGAACUAUUGGUAUUUCAAGCUGCCAAGUGACAACAAGCAAGAACUUCAGUUAUAUGUUUAUGAUCGUUUAAACAGUACAAGGUUCAGUCGUUGGAUCUUUCUCGCGGUCAUGGGAACUCUCGAAUCAUUCCUUACGGGUCUCAGUCAUGGGGGGCUUAUUCUCACCAAUUUGAACACAUACCAAACUCUUCGAAAGAUUGCUCCUAUAUUCCUCAAGGUGGUAUACUCCAACCCGGCACUUUGGCCGGCUGAACCCGACCUCACGCGUAUUCCGUUGUCGGGUCUACUAACUUCUGCAUCCCAAGAGCUUACAUAUUUUGCAUUAGUCGACUGUAUUUAUGCCAUGGUCUCCGGACUUCCUCAACAAGUCGAGUAUGACACGAGGAUUUAUUCAAGUCUUUCAUUCUCAUCUUCCGACAAUCUGGCGCACGGUGUUCCCCCGGAACUUCUACUUGUGCUUGCCGACAUCAACUCGUGUCGCGACAAGUCCCCCCAUGCCCGCCGUUGGGAGCACAUAGAGCACCAACUGUUGACUUGGCAGUCCCGCCAUGGUGAAUAUGCAUUUGCAGAGUCCUGGAUGACUGUCGCGUGGUAUGCAGUCCAAGAGAGCUGGCGUCUUGCCCUUCUCAUUUAUCUUUACUUAGCCGUGUGCGGUGCUUCGUCAGAUGAGGCGCGGAUACAGUCGCGAGCAAAGCAGAUACUGCAAGUGGCUGGGACGGUGAAGAAACGAGGGACAUCCGAUGCGGAUAUCUCGUUUUCCAAUCAAUACCUAAUGGUCGGAAUAUGUGCACGAAACGAAUCGGAUCGUGAGAAAAUAAGAAAAAAACUAGUAUCAAUCAGCGAGACCAAGCUCUGGAUGAUGCAGAUAUUCAGUUACGUCCCUAUCCUUGACGACUUGUGGAAUGGGGCAGCAUUUGGCGGGCGUCCCGUCAAAUGGAGCGAUUAUAUCCGCUCGAAGGAAAUGGUACUUCCUUUAUAA